AUUUUCGGUAGUGAGGUAUUCUGGCUCGAGGGUGCAGCAACGCAAUGGACGCAUGCGAGUGUCGUCAGCCAAGGGCGGCGUAUGGCGAUUCCGGGAGUCGAACAAUGGCCGAACAAACGGUCUUGGCUGCACCCACAUCUCUAUCGUGCGAGUUGAGGGGCUUAGAUUUCCCUUUCACUUGCGGACUCAAGCCGCAGGCCUGGGAACGAGAGGGUGUGACGUGAGAGGUAGCAGGAGAUCCACCACCCGCGCUCUAUUCGCGAACUCUCCCUCCUCUCAGGUUUCCGCCUUCGCGAUUCUGCAGAAGGAUACCGUUGGCUACGUUUGGACCUCGUCCUGGUGUUUCGCGCAGCAAUUUAUUAUUUAUUUCCCAACACGGAACCCGCCUUACCAACGCAGAGCUCUAGGGUCCUGGAAGACCCUCGCAAUUCCGCGAAACAUGGCCAGCUCAAUGCACAUAUCCCGCUCCGAGGCACCCCAAUCCUUAUCGCCCAGGAGAUCACCCCCUCACGCAAGCACGACUUCCGUCGCGUCAGACGGUCAAAUAGCAUUCUUACAUGUGGCCGCCUCGCUUCACUGGGCAGCACAGGCGGUGCUGGCAGUGCCCAUAGCAGGACUGCAGGCUGUGAACGCAAGAUUUCGGGGGAUUCCGAUUUGGAUUCGUGAGCCGGUGCUUCUGUGUGUCGUUGUGCUGCUGCUGUCAGUCACAUUGGUCGCUGCCUUUGUUUCUGGCAUGGCCAUGCCUGGGGAUUUUUCACCAGCGUCUUUGGCCAUUAUGAAAGGAGCCGUGCAUCGCCAUUCACCAGCAACUGCGUCAUAUGCUGCAUCCCUCUCUGCUGCUGUAUGUGGGGGCUCUCGUGUUUGUGCUGCCAGAUUUGCGGUCCAGGCAUGGUUACAGGCAUCAGCAAGUGCAUGUGGUGAUGAUUGUGUUGUGAUUAAAAUGGAGCCUCCUGGGAACUCUAUGAACAUGUGGGUGCAUUUCAGGGCGGGGUCUAGGGGAAUCGAGCUUGUGGUAUCCUACAUUGUAGCUCUGAUGGUUGUAGCCUAUGGUGCCUUCCUCAUUCACUUUUUAUCUGUUGGGUUUCCAUAGAAUUUUAGCUCUACUUCCAUGUGUAAACGAUGCACUCAUGUGGUAUUGUAUUGCAUUCUGUUUGUAGCGUACUAAUAUUUUUAAGCCGUUACACUUUGGAUUUCGAAUCAGCUGUACAGGCCCCUGUUCUGCCGAAGCUGCAUCCUCGAUAACACACUUACUUAGGAAAUCAGAAACUAGGGUUCCUGCGAUCUCCCCCUGUUCGUCACUCGCGAACCGUGUCGCCCACCCUGUGCCUCCUAAUCUCCCCUCCGCUCAAUGGUUGCCGUUCACUUAGGUAGCGGCUGAAGUAAUCAGCCACGGAUCGCAGCAGCGGCGACAACUUCUGGGCAUGUCGUGGGCUGGGUUGCCAUUUCUGCCUGGGACGUCGAGCCUUGUUGAGGAGCUAGACAAGAAGCUACUCGUCGUUCUUAGGGAUGGGCGUAAAAUAAUCGGUAUCCUGCGUUCGUUUGAUCAGUUCGCUAAUCUCGUGCUGGAGCGUACAACGGAGCGGAUUAUUGUCGGCGAGCAAUACUGCGACCUGCCUCUGGGACUUUACAUCAUCAGGGGAGAGAACGUCGUUCUCAUAGGCACACUUGAUGAGCUCAUGCCAGAAAUGCCUCCUAAUAUGGUCUCAGUUUCUUUGAACCAGAUACGGCAGGCUCAAAAAGAGGAGAAGGAGGCGUCAGAACUGAAGGGAAUGUUGCGCAAGCAGAUGGACUUCCUUGACGUUGAGUAAUGUGUGUUCCAGUCUCCCGAUGAAUGUUAUCCGCUGCUUGUAAUCCAUUGGCCAUGCCAACCCUGCAAGUCUAUGAGCAGGUUGGCCCGCACCUUUUAUCGCGGAUGGCCUUGCCCAUUUCAAAAGCGAAAGUUCUCCUCCAUCCACUUACUACUCCUCGCAGUAGACCCACACACCUCCCCCGUGUUUGUUCUGCUUGAGUACUGUAAAUUCACCUAAAGCACAAGCAAGCCUCGUGCUGAAUGGACUGGGCAGCACUACUACCGUAAUCCCCCGUAUAAAACACCCGCCGGAAUUAAGCUCCCCCGGGUAGCUUGAGCGGGUAUGGGUGUUUAAUUUUUCUGGAUAUACACAACACCCUACUCUCGGACGUGAAAACAUUUGAACACCCCCCUGCCACUAGAAUCUCCAUU